AAUGACAUUUAUUUGAUUUCUUGACAUUUUAACACGUUUUUUUUGUGUGUGUGUGUUUGAAAAAUUUUGUAGUUCUUCUAUUGAUAUCAAAAUGGUCAAAAUUAAGAAAGAAAAGGCGAAAAAGACUAAAAAAGUGUCCAAAACGACUAUCACUAUCGAAAAUCCUGUGAUUGGUGCAUCCAUAGAAGAAACUAACCUCAAAACACCAUCAGCUCAAACAUCAGUCACAUCUACUAGCUCAGGUACACUUGCAUUGGAUAAAACUAAACAGAAAAAAGUAGCAAGAGAGUCAAAACGCAUUAAAAAAGGCAUCAAGGAUGGUUCAAUAACUGUGACUGUGAAUCACAAAGAAAAAAAACAAAAACUGGAAGAAGGUCGUGGCUUAAUUUAUAUCGGGCACAUUCCUCAUGGUUUUUAUGAAGAGGAAAUGAAAAACUACUUUAAACAAUUUGGAAAAGUUACAAAUGUUAAAGUUUGUAGAUCCAGAGUCAGUGGCAAUAGCAAAGGAUACGGAUAUGUGGAAUUUGACCAUCCUGAAGUAGCCAAAAUUGCAGCUGAUACUAUGGAUAAUUAUGUUAUGUUUAAAAAGAGGGUAGUCACCGAAUAUGUACCUUAUGAAAAACGCCCAAAAGGCCUUUUCCAUGGAACUAGUAGCACCCUAAAACAUACUUCAGUCCGGACAAGACAAGGCAAAGAAAAACAUUCUAAAAAUAAAAUUCAAGACUCCAAAACUGUCAUCAAAAAAGCUAAAAAAAGCUUAGGCAGAUUUAAUGCUAAAGUUAAAAAAUUGAAAAGUCUUGGCAUUCAAUGUAAAGUGAGUCCUUUACAUUCAAAUGACGAGAUUAUUAGUAAAAUAAAAGUUGAACCAAAGUCAAAGAUGAGCCUGCGUUCGAGUGCCAAUUUAGUUUUAAAUCCAAACAUGAAAAAAUCAAAAUCCAAAAAAUCAUUGGAAACAUCACCUUCAUCUGCUAAAGCAUUAACCAAAUCCAAAUCAUCAAACAAGGCCGUAUUAGCUAAGUCAUUGGAUUCAGUAAAAACUCUACUUAAAAACACGAAUUUAGUUGAUUUGAAGGAACAACGGACGCAAACUCAAAAAUUGAGAUCUAAAACAAAAAAAGUUGCUAAAGGAGGAAUUACCAAAGUAAAAAAGGAAAAGAAGCCUUUAGAUCUCAAUAAGGAUGUCCUCAAGAAGAUUGCCAGGGAACUGAUAAGAGUACAAGGGACUCCACUUGUACAAACUAAAUCUGUGAGAAUUGGCAAGAAAAAGUGACUUGUAAAUGUUUAAUUUCAAUAAAAAUUCGUUUUUAAUGGGUAAGGAGUUGGUAUUAUGUUUUUUUUUUUUUUCAUGGAAAAAUGAAAUUGCAAUACAUUUUUAUUCAAAUUUCAAAAUUUUAUUAACGCAAUUAAAG